GGAGAGAGUGAGUGAGAGAGAGAGAGAGAGAGAGAGAGAGGACAGGGAGAGAACGGGAGAGCAAGUGGUACAGCAGCCAGAGAGAGGGAGGGAGCAGAGAGAAGAGAGGCUGCUUCUGUUAGCUGUGAGCCACGAGCCUCGUGCGCAGGAUAGUUUGCCCGUUUCAGUCACUAGCCGUUUGGAUUAAACUGGUUUUCCAUUACGUCCGUCCAGAGAGGGAUUCGGUCAAGGCACAGCUGGGGACAUCCCAUAGCACGUGCCUGUGUUAGCAGCAAGGGAGGUCAUGGACCUCUUGAGCACUUAAAAAAGACAACGCUAACAGUGACGGUUACGCUCAAACCCCACGAUCCUGAGGCGUCGGACCUGUCCCGUCCGUCACCAAGCAGCUGUCUUUGCCCCGCCUCCGGGACCUGACCCCCCUCCCCGGGAGGGACCCCCUCCCCCCCCUUCUUUUUUUUUUAAGUCUAACUCGGGGUCCCCUCCCCCUGUCCCUGCCGGAUUGCCAAUGCUCACGAGGAACUGCUCGCUCCUGCUCCUCUGCUUUCUGAUGGACCGGGGCCUGCUGUCUCCCCUGCACUCCCUGCCCCAGGGCAGGCUGGGAAAGGACCCGCCCCGAAGCAUGCUGGGACCGAGGAGGAACGGAGCGCAGGGCUUCCAGAGGGUAAAGAGAGGAUGGGUGUGGAACCAGUUCUUUGUGCUGGAGGAGUACAUGGGGUCCGACCCCCAGUACGUGGGCAAGCUCCACACGGACCUGGACAAGGGCGACAGCGAGGUGAAGUACACGCUCUCGGGCGACGGGGCGGGGUCCAUCUUCACCAUCGACCAGACGACGGGCGACAUCCACGCCCUCCGGAGCCUGGACCGCGAGGAGAAGCCUUACUACACGCUGCGCGCCCAGGCCGUCGACGUGGAGACGGGCGUGCCCCUGGAGCCCGAGUCCGAGUUCGUGAUCAAGGUCCAGGACAUCAACGACAACGAGCCCAAGUUCCUGGAGGGACCUUACACUGCUAGUGUCCCGGAGAUGUCUCCCGUGGGUACCUACGUGAUGCAGGUGACGGCCACGGACGCAGACGACCCCACCUACGGGAACAGCGCGAGGGUGGUGUACAGCAUUCUGCACGGGCAACCGUACUUCUCCGUCGAUCCCAAGACAGGAGUGAUCCGGACGGCGCUCCCGAACAUGGACAGGGAGGUGAAGGAGCUGUACCAGGUUCUGAUCCAAGCCAAAGACAUGGGAGGACAGCUGGGGGGUCUGGCGGGGACCACCACCGUGAACAUCACCCUCAGCGACGUCAACGACAACCCACCCAGGUUCUCCAAAAGCAUAUUUCACCUGAAGGUUCCGGAAUCUUCUCCCGUGGGGGCGUCGGUGGGCUGGAUCAAGGCGCACGACCUGGACACGGGCAAGAACGCCGAGGUGGAGUACAGCAUCGUCCCGGGCGACGGAGGCGCCAUGUUUGACAUCACCACCCACGAGCACACCCAAGAGGGCGUCAUCGUCCUGAAGAAGCCGCUGGACUACGAGACCAAGAAGGCCUACACCUUCAAGGUGGAGGCCGCCAACGCCCACCUGGACCCCCGCUUCCACAACUUCGGCCCCUACAAGGACAUGGCCACCGUCAAGAUCAACGUGCUGGACGUGGACGAGCCGCCCGUCUUCAGCCGGCCGUCCUACGGCAUGGACGUCCUGGAGGACACGGUGGUGGGGACGGUCAUCGGGGCGGUCACCGCCCAGGACCUGGACGCCGGGAGCAGCCACGUACGGUAUUCUAUCGACUGGAAGAGUGAUUUGGACAGCUACUUCGGCAUUGAUCCUGUGAUGGGGACCAUUUCCACCAAUCAGCUCCUGGACAGAGAGAGCAUCGCCCAGCACAACAUCUCCGUGGUAGCGACUAAAGUUAAUAAUCCCGUCCUGACCAGUAAAGUGGCCGUCACCGUCCACGUUCUGGAUGUCAACGAGUUUCCCCCUGAGUUUGCCGUGCCGUACGAGACCUUUGUGUGCGAAAACGCUAAAGCAGGAGAGGUAAUUCAGACCGUCAGCGCCACCGACCGCGACCUCCCCUCCGCCGGGCAGAGGUUCUCCUUCAAGUCGGCGGCCGGAGACGUCAGGAACAGGAAUUUCACGGUCCGGGAUUUCGGAAACAACACGGCGGGCAUCGUGGCCAAUCGGAGCGGGUUCCGGCGGCGGCUGCAGGAGAUGUACUUCCUGCCGGUGGCGAUCGAGGACGGGGGCCCGCCCGUGCGGAGCAGCACGGGGACCCUGACCGUCCGGGUGUGCGGGUGCGAGUCGGACGGCACCCUGCUGACCUGCAGCGCCGAGGCCAUCUUCCUCCCGGUGGGCCUGAGCACCGGGGCGCUGAUCGCCAUCCUCCUCUGCAUCAUCAUCCUGCUGGUGAUCGUGGUUCUGUACGUGGGCGUGCGGAGACAGAAGAAGAAGGAGACCCUGAUGACCUCGAAGGAGGACGUGCGUGACAACGUGAUCCACUACGACGACGAGGGGGGCGGGGAGGAGGACACGCACGCCUUCGACAUGGGGACGCUGCGGAACCCCAAGGCCGUCAAGGAGAGCGGGUUCCGGCGGGACGUCAAACCGGAGGCUCCGCCCUGCCCCCGGGGCGCGACCACCACCGCCGCUGCCGCCGCCACUGCCGCCGCCACCGCUGCCACCACCGCCGCCGCCACCGCUGCCACCACCGCCGCCGCUGCCGCCGCCACCGCCACCGCCGGUUCCCGGGACAACGGCGACAUCCGCGACUACAUCCGGCAGCGGCUGCGGGAGAACGACGCGGACGGCUCGGCGCCGCCCUACGACUCGCUCGCCACCUACGCCUACGAGGGCGAGGGGUCGGCCGCCGAGUCGCUCAGCUCCAUCGAGUCGCCGGCCGUCGACGGCGACGAGGACUACGAUUACCUCAGCGAGUGGGGGCCGCGUUUCAAAACCCUGGCGGGAAUAUUCGGGGAGCAGGACCCUCAGGCGAACACGCAGUCGACCGAAAACAAACUUUAGUACCAGUAGAACACACCUGAUGUUGAGAACUUCUUCUUUUGUGUUUAAGACACUUUUUUUAAUCAGUUUACCAAUUCAGGGUUUAAUUUCGUUUCAGCGUUUUUUACAUUUUAUUUUAUUUAUUGUUUAUUUUUUGGACUUUGUUUUUCUCACUGCCAAGAUGAAUUAUUGUGGCGAGAGAAGAAGAAGAAUAAGAAGAAGAAUUGAAGGAGUUAAAGAUACAGCCAGCCAGCCAUUCAGUUAUUAUUUCCAGAGUCUUUUAUUAUUCUAUUAUUUUCUUCUUUAUUUGUCACAGCUAGAGGACAGGAAGUUCUUCAAACCAUGGAAAUGCAAGAAUCCUCUUUAACAUUCUUAAAAGUGCCUCAAGACAACAGUUUUUGUUUGUUUGUUGAAUUGUUUUUUUCUUUUUUCUUUUCUUUAUUUAUUUAUUCAUUUAUUUUUGUCCAAAAUGAUUUUGUAACGUUACAAUACAGCAUUUAUUUUUCCUUUUACUUCAGAAGCCCAGACGAAGGCCAAGAUUAACGUGUUGAAUGAAUUAGAGUUAGAAGCAAUAGAGUGUCUCUCUACACCAUUAAGUGGUCCCGGUACAUUGUUGCGGUCCUGUUAGGACCCAAAGUUAUUUAUUUAUUUAUUUAUUUAUUUAUUUAUUUAUUUAUUUAUUUACUUGCUAUUUAUUCAUUUAUUUAUCAACCUAUUUCUCUCAAUCACUAUAUAUUGUUUUUAAAUGUUUAUUAUCUUUGAAGACACUUGAGGUUUUUGUAAUUAUUCCUGUCCCAAAUGCAAAGGACAUUUUGAUCGCAUGGGACAGCUGUACAGACUUGUAUUUGUCAGAAAAGAAGGAAAGACUGAAAAAAAAACAUUUAGGGCUAAACAUGGAAACGUUGAGGUUCAGGUCAUGUAAUAAACACUUUUUUUUCUUAAA